UCACUCGGGGGCCGGGGAACCUCCUCAAUGAGCCACAUUGUCGCGGGCGAGCACCGCGGCGCGCGCUGCUGGGGCCGCCUCCGCUCCGCUCCCUCCGCGCCGCUCCGCGCCCGCCGCUCCCUCCGCGCCGCUCCGCUCCGCACCGCUCCGCGCAGCAUGAUCGCCUCACACCUGCUCGCCUACUUCUUCACCGAGCUCAGCCAUGACCAGGCGCAGAAGAUCGACAAGUACCUCUACCACAUGCGGCUCUCUGAGGAGACGCUCCAGGAGGUGGCCCAGCGUUUCAGGAAGGAGAUGGAGAAGGGGCUGGGAGCAGACACCAACCCCACCGCCUCGGUGAAGAUGCUGCCCACCUUCGUGAGGUCCACCCCGGACGGGACAGAGGAUGGGGACUUCUUGGCGCUGGAUCUUGGUGGCACCAAUUUCCGUGUGCUGAGGGUGAAGGUGUCCGACAAUGGUCUGCAGAAGGUGGAGAUGGAGAAUCAGAUCUACGCCAUCCCCGAGGAGCUCAUGCGAGGCAGUGGGGUGCAGCUGUUUGACCACAUCGCCGAGUGCUUGGCCAACUUCAUGGAGAAACUGAAAAUCAAGGACAAGAAACUUCCCCUGGGGUUCACCUUCUCCUUCCCGUGUCACCAGACCAAGCUGGAUGAGAGCAUCCUCGUGACGUGGACGAAGGGGUUCAAGUGCAGCAGCGUGGAGGGGAAGGACGUGGUGUCGAUGCUGCGCAAGUCCAUCAAGAAAAGAGGGGACUUUGACAUUGACAUUGUGGCCGUGGUGAACGACACUGUUGGGACCAUGAUGACCUGCGGCUACGACGAUCACAACUGCGAAGUCGGCCUCAUCGUUGGUACCGGCACCAACGCCUGUUACAUGGAGGAGAUGAGGCACAUUGACCUGGUGGAAGGGGACGAAGGUCGGAUGUGCAUCAACAUGGAGUGGGGGGCCUUCGGCGACGACGGCACGCUCAACGACAUCCGGACGGAGUUCGACCGCGAGAUAGACAUGGGCUCGCUCAACCCUGGCAAACAAUUGUUUGAGAAGAUGAUCAGCGGGAUGUACAUGGGAGAGCUGGUCAGGCUCAUCCUGGUGAAGAUGGCCAAGGAGGGGCUCUUGUUUGGAGGGAGGCUCACCCCAGAUCUGCUCACCACCGGCCACUUUGAGACCAGAUAUGUCUCUGCUAUUGAGAAGGAGAAAGAAGGGCUGCAGAAAGCCCACGAGAUCCUCACCAAGCUGGGGCUGGAGCCAUCUCAUGAGGACUGUGUGGCCACCCACCGCAUCUGCCAGAUUGUUUCCACCCGCUCGGCCAACCUGUGCGGGGCCACCCUGGCAGCCGUGCUGCAGCGCAUCAAGGAGAACAAGGGGGUGGACCGCCUGCGCUCCACCGUCGGCGUCGAUGGCUCCGUCUACAAGAAGCAUCCUCACUUUGCCCGGCGCCUCCACAAGACGGUGCGGAAGCUGCUGCCAGACUGCGAGAUCCGUUUCGUGAGGUCGGAAGAUGGAAGUGGCAAAGGGGCAGCCAUGGUGACGGCGGUGGCCUACAGGCUGGCCGCCCAGCACAAGGCACGCCAGAAGAUUUUGGAGGCGCUCAAGCUGAGCCAUGAGCAGCUCCUGGAGGUGAAGCAAAGGAUGAGGAUGGAGAUGGACAAGGGGCUGGGCAAGGAGACGCAUGCAGAGGCAACGGUGAAAAUGCUGCCCACCUACGUGUGCUCGACUCCGGACGGGACAGAAAAAGGAGAUUUCCUUGCCCUGGACCUGGGAGGCACCAAUUUCCGUGUGCUGCUGGUGCGUGUGAGGAACGGGAUGAGGCGCGGCGUCGAGAUGCACAACAAGAUCUACUCCAUCCCGGUGGAGGUCAUGCAGGGCACGGGAGAGGAGCUCUUUGACCACAUUGUCCACUGCAUCUCCGACUUCCUGGAAUACAUGGGAAUGAAGGGUGUAUCGCUCCCGCUCGGAUUCACCUUCUCCUUCCCUUGCCAGCAGACCAACCUGGACGAGGGGAUUCUUCUGAAGUGGACAAAAGGUUUCAAGGCGACCGGCUGCGAAGGAGAAGAUGUGGUAAACCUGCUGAAGGAGGCAAUUCACAGGAGGGAGGAAUUUGACCUGGAUGUGGUCGCGGUGGUCAAUGACACCGUUGGCACCAUGAUGACCUGCGGGUACGAAGAUCCGUAUUGCGAAGUUGGGCUGAUAGUCGGCACAGGCAGCAACGCCUGCUACAUGGAGGAGAUGAGGAACGUGGAGCUGGUGGAAGGGGAGGAGGGCAGGAUGUGCGUCAACAUGGAGUGGGGGGCGUUUGGUGACAGCGGGUGCCUGGAUGACAUACGGACGGAGUUCGACUUGGCAGUGGAUGAGCUGUCCCUCAACCCUGGCAAGCAAAGGUUCGAGAAGAUGAUCAGCGGGAUGUACCUGGGGGAGAUUGUCCGAAACAUCCUGAUGGAUUUCACCAAGCGAGGGCUGCUCUUCCGGGGACGCAUCUCCGAGAGGCUGAAGACCAGGGGGAUCUUUGAGACCAAGUUCCUGUCCCAGAUAGAGAGCGACUGCCUAGCCCUGCUCCAGGUCCGCUCCAUCCUCCAGCACCUCGGCCUGGAGACCACGUGCGACGACAGCAUCAUCGUGAAGGAGGUGUGCACGGUGGUGGCGCGGCGGGCGGCUCAGCUCUGCGGGGCCGGCAUGGCAGCCGUGGUGGACAAGAUCCGGGAGAACCGCGGGUUGGACUUCCUCAAGGUCACAGUCGGCGUGGAUGGGACGCUCUACAAGCUGCACCCUCACUUCUCCACCGUCAUGCAUGAAACGGUGAAGCAGUUGUCUCCCAAGUGCGAAGUCACCUUCCUGCAGUCGGAAGACGGCAGCGGCAAGGGUGCAGCGCUCAUCACGGCGGUGGCCUGCCGCAUCCGGGAGGCCGGCCAGCGGUAGGAGGAAGGAGGUUUGCCGAAGAGCUUGGUUUCAGCAAAACCAGGACGUUUUCCCCCCACCCCGGUCCCCCCCCCUGCUCCGUACACACACACACACGUGGCCUCCCCUUGCAAGCAGCCUCGUAGCUUUACUUGUUCUCUCGAGAUCCCACCAGUGGGGCUGGAGAUGCUGUGUGCUUUGUGUAAAGUGUUGUCUUAGGAGUUUCAUUGCAUGCCAUAAAACCGCGUGUCAAGUAAAGCUAAAAGCGUCUUCUGGCUGUCUCCCUACAUCUCCAGUUAGAGCUGGACCUGCUCCACUCGCAGCUGCCCCCCACCGCUCCCACCUCUUCCCUCGCGGCAGAAAGGAUAACGCUAGCACCAUCCAGACACUGCAUUGUCACUUUACCGUAACUAGUACCUAUUUAUGUACGUCGGAGUUGUAGCGUGUCCGUGCUGUAGGAAGCAAACCUCUUUUUAAGAUUGGGCUAAAGACCUCCGUUAGGCUUUUACCCUGAUCAAGGCUGUAUUAUUUCCAUGAAAGUCAUGGUGACUCUUAAAGCACAGGGUGCAGAAUUCCAGCCGGCGUGUUCCAAGCCUGUGCUGAGAGAUACCAAGUAUCUCUGUUGGUGAGCGAACAUUAAAAGAACCUGCUGGAUCCCGGCGAGAGGUGCCCCUCUGACUGCUCCAGCAGAGCACGUGCCUGGAAAUAAUUGGGGACUCAGGGUCUAAUCCCAUUUCCCGACCUCUCACCCGCACCCUAAAUAGAGCGUAGGAACGUGGCACGUACGUAUGGUUGCGUUACACCCCCUGGAAACCACUAGCACCCUUCCCCGGUGCACGUGUGGAGGCGAGGAGCUGCCACCGCGAUGGGGGUCUUUCCCCUACACCCCCACCCCACCCCCCACCCCAAAUGUCGUGGCCGUGUGUCUACACGUGGCGCCGUGAGUCUGGUUUGCUUCUUGUCUGUGAAAUAGUUCUGCGUCUUCAGCCUUUUAGGUGACACCUGGUUUUAUGUACACUGUAUAUUUAUGUUUCGAGAGAUCUUACGUCUUUUUAUGUACAUAGUCUCGGGUGGGCGGGGGUAUAUUGCUUAGUUUUGAAUUUACCUUUAAAUGUCGUUUAAGAACAGUAGAAUAAUUCUAUUUUUUUUUCUCGUGUUAUGUUUUAAUUGAAAAUUUUCUUGGGGUAGACUGGAGAAAGAGACCCAGAUUCCUGAGGACAGCUGUACCAGAGGUUUGGGCAUUCUGAAUUUAUCACCAGAACAAAAGGGAAAGCAGAAAGCCAGGGAUGCGAUGGCCGGGAGCUGCUGCAGUGGAGCUUUCGGGAUUAGGCUGGCGGUGACCUAAGGAGAGGUUUUAUUUUGUCCCCCCGCCCUCCCCAGCCUGCUUUGUGCUCGAAGGGCACAUCGAUCCCUAUUGCAGCACCUGCUGAAAUAACCCGGGGCUCUGCCGGGACCCGCGUCCCAGCCCAUAUCUCUGGCACCAGCAUCCCGGUCCCACACGCGCCAGGCACAGACACGGGCGCUCCAGCGCUGCUGGCAUGGGGGCUCGCGGUGAGGCGCCGGCAACGGCAGCCUCGGCUCAUUUGAUGAAGUUAGCAGCAAUAAUUGGUGUCACCUCAUUUCCAUUUGGCAUCCUCAGGGCUGUUUGUGAGCGUGCCCAGGGACGCGUGUGCCCAGGGACGCGUGUGCCCAGGGCUGCGCGUGCCCGGGGAUGUGUGUGCCCAGGGAUGUGUGUGCCCAGGGAUGCGCGUGCCCGUGGCGUCACGUUGUGCGCUGCAGGGAAAAGCGGCGAAUAAUUUUUGCUGUCAGAAAAGCCUCCGGCUGAACGAAACGCUGCCCCAGGCAGCAGAGGCGUACAGGUGGGGGUGGGUGUGUUUUUGUAAAUAUUUAGCAGGAGAUAAUGAAAUUCCAGUGAUGUACAAAAAAAAAUUAAAAUAUAAUAAUUAAUAAUUCCCACAAACAGAUCUUCUUCAGUUUGGAGGACAGAUUUUUUUUGUCUAUUUUUAUGUAUAUUUUUAUACUGCUUGGGGGAACCUCAUUACCAAAAGUCUCUUCUAUGUUGGGGGUCAAGUUCAGUAGCACAAUUUUAAAUGCAAAAAUGAUCUUUGGGCAUUUUAAAUGCUUAUUUUUUUAUAAGCCUCAAGACAACUAUAACAAAUAAAAUCUGUGUAUAGAAAUGCUGUAAGAAACCAAGUUUAGUGGAAGUUUUAGAAGAUGUUCAAUAAAUUUUGGAAGACGGUACAGAAAUCCUCUCGUUCGGUA